CGGUUUCUCUUUUAUCUUCGUUUCACGCGACACAUGUAUCUGUCGUCACACUCUCCCAUGGAAACCCUCCCAAUUCCACACAAUUUCAAUUUCAAUUCAAUUUUUUUGAAAUUUUUCUUUCCCUUUUCACACGCUUGAAAUUAACAAUACCCACACGAUCCCUUCCUAUAUCUUCAAAUAUCUAAUUUUAUUUUUCGUCGAUUUUUUGAACAACAUAAAAAGUGAUUCUGACUUUGUGGGGUGUUUUUAUUUUGAAUUUGGGUUACUGGGUUUGGAUCAAGUUUAGAGUUUUUCACAAGAUCUAGUAUACUACAGAUGAUGUCUUCAGGGACAUCCUCGUAUUGGUGUUACAGAUGCAGUCGAUUUGUUAGGGUAGGGAGACAAGAAACGGUUACUUGUCCCGAUUGUGACGGCGGAUUUGUCGAGGAAAUCGAACAUCCAUCCCAUUCUGUCCACGUGGACUCUCGCCGCCGACGUUUUCCUGCUGCUGCUAUGUACAUGAUCGGUCAACAUCCCGGUUCCGAUGACAAUUCUCGUCCACCUUUUCUCCGUCGAACCCGCCGCAACGGAGGUGACCGGUCACCUUUCAAUCCGGUGAUCGUCCUACGCGGAAGUGGAUCAACGGAGGUAACAGAAGGUGGUAGCACAGGAGAGAGUCGUGGGUUUGAGCUUUUCUAUGAUGAUGGUGCUGGUUCUGGUCUUAGACCUUUACCACCAAGUAUGUCAGAGUUUCUUUUGGGAUCUGGAUUUGAUAGACUGUUAGAACAACUUUCUCAGAUUGAAAUCAACGGUAUUGGAAGAUAUGAACAUCCACCAGCUUCAAAAACAGCCGUUGAUUCAUUACCAACUAUUGAAAUCAAUGGGUGUCAUUUGGAUAUGGAAUCACACUGUGCAGUUUGCAAAGAGGCUUUUCAGUUAGGUACUGUUGUUAGAGAAAUGCCUUGUAAACAUAUUUAUCAUCCUGAUUGUAUUUUACCUUGGCUUGCACUUCACAAUUCUUGUCCUGUUUGUCGUCAUGAGUUACCUUCUGAUAAUGAAUUGCAAUCGCAAACGCAGUCGCAAUCAGUUGGUUUGAAUGAGGAAGAUAAUAAUGUUGGUUUAACUAUUUGGAGAUUACCUGGUGGUGGUUUUGCUGUUGGGAGAUUUGCUGGUGGGAGAAGAGGUGCUGAGAGGGAACUACCUGUUGUUUAUACUGAAAUGGAUGGUGCAUUUAAUAACGGUGGCGAACCCAGGAGGAUUUCUUGGUCUUCUGGAGGGAGUAGAGAAAGGGAGAGAGGUGGUUUCAGAAGCUUGUUUGGACAUUUCUUUGGUUGUUUUAGAGGUGGAGUUCGGAAUCAGCCUUCUAUUUCUAGUACACAUUCCAGAUCUUUGAGGACUAAUUCUUCCAAUAUGGAUCCUUCUCAGCGGUCACGAAGGACUUGGUCUAUGGAUGUAAACAGUGGAAUGAGAUCGUGGUGAUUCCAUUAUGAGAGGAGGAUAAAAAUCUUAGCUUUGUUUCUUGGUUCCCUCGAAGUUUAAAGUACAUAAUGAGAAUGAUUGAGUUCAGGAUAUGCACAAUGCAAUCUUGACAUUUUCUGCUGCAGAUAUAUGGUGAAUUAUGUUCGAGUUCGAUUUUGUAGCAAAUUCGAAUGGAGAUUUGAAGCAGAAAGUCAGAAAACAAUGGAGGGGAACUUAGAAAAAUCAGAAUCUAUUGUGGGAAGGGGGCAUGAUGAUCAGUGCCUUGGUUUUACUUUGAUAAUGAACUGAAGCACUUUCAUAUUGAUUAUUGUUGUGUUCUUUCUAGUCAUUGAUAAACUUCAUUUAGGUUCAGUUUUUAUGAUAUCUCAAAUUAUGGUCAUUGGUUUUUUUUGUUUUUUUGUUUCCUUCAACAACACGAGUUCAAAUGCAUGUUAAGGACACUGCCUUGAAUUGAUUGUUGCUGAUGGCAUAUACGAUGCUGGAUUUUCUGUUAGAAGAUCUCUACACCAUUGAGCAAAGCAAUCUAUUAUUUGAUUCUAGUCAAACAUUUUAGUUUCUCAA